AUGGAUGUUGAUUUCUUGUUUUUCUUUUUCCCUUCCCUUGUGUUACUAGUUAUGUCAGGAAGAAGGGGAACCCGAAAUGCGAGGAAUAAUCAAGAUAAUGGGAACGGGGAAGCUCCAAAUUUUGCGGAGAUGAUGAGGUUGAUGACUGAGGAAAUGACAAACCAGAUUGCUGUCCUUAUGGCUUUCAUGCAAAACCAUAAUGGGAACCAUAAUGCGCCUCCGCCUCUGCCACCAUAUAGGAAUGUUGAUGAUCAUAUCCAACAAGGUGAUGAAGCCCAAGCAACAUGGUUGAACCUGCUGGAGAAGUUCGUAAGUUUGAAACCACCCAGCUUUAAGGGAUCAACCGAUCCACUAGUUGUGGACAAGUGGAAGGAGGAUAUCGAGAAAAUAUUUGUAUCUAUGAGAUCUGCAUUUUGUGAGAGGUUUGAUACAAGGUAUUUCCCUGCAAUCAUGAGACACAAGAAGAUUAAGGAGUUUUUUGAUUUGGAACAAGUGAAGCGUAUGCUCGUGUAUGAUUACCUCGACAAGUAUAUCUCCUUGCAACGUUUUGCACAUUUCAUGGUACCCGAUGAAGACAAGUCAGCUCGUAAGUUUGAGAAUGGUUUAGGGGACCAUAUUCGGAGCAAUGUAAUUAGUCACUGUUUUCCUACUUUUCAACAAGUUGUGGACAGUGCUAGAGCUAUUGAGGAUGAUUGGUUAAGGCACAGAGCAAUUAGGGAAAUUUCUAAGGAAGCAAAGCAAAAGGCUUUUAAUAACUCCAAGCAAGGGAACAAUUACCAGAACCAAAGCAAUAGGAACAAGGGAAAUGGAGAUUUUAGAAGUGAUAGAAAUAACUCAGGCCACAAGAGUUUUGAGUGCACUAAUCUGAGGCGUCAACGACCUAAGACAUUAGGCGACAACCAAGGACAAGCCAAGGAUGCUCGAUCUCAGCAGCAAAAUUCUCAAAAUCAAAGCAAUGGACAGAACAGAACCAAUUCCAACCAAGGCAGAUUUCACGCCUUAGUGCCACGACAAGAACAAGUACCUGAUGGAGUUGUGGAAGGUAUGUUUAUUAUCCAAGACAAGCUUGGUAGAAUUCUGUUUGAUUCCGGUGCGACCCACUCUUUUAUUUCUACUGCUUUUGGGCUUGAUCUGUCUAUUAAGGUCAUACCAUGUGAAACCCCUUUGUCAGUAAUGUCACCUUUAGGAAAAACUACUUUGAUUGAUCGCAUAGUUAGGGGAUGUAAUGUACAACUAGGGAGUUUAGACUUUCCUACUGAUUUGUAUGUGCUAGAUAUGGUUGGUUUUGAUGUCAUUUUGGGAAUAUAUUGGUUGUCAUCUUAUCAUGCAAUGCUAGAUUGUCAAGGUAAAUCCUUAGUAUUCUCAAUACCGGAGAACCAAGGAUUCUUUGUUGUUACUACUGCAAAGGAGGCUCCUCCUAAAGCUUACUUUUGUGGUGUACUUGAUGAAUAUAGUUCUCUUGAGAAUGUCCCUUUAAACUCAAUCCCGGUAGUAGCAGAAUUUGGGGAUGUUUUUGCAGAGAUUUCAGGGCUGCCACCGCAUAGGGAGGUUGAGUUUUGUAUAUAA